AUGACUAAAGAGAUAGAGGAUGCAGUUCAGAAUUGUAGUACCUGUUUAGAAUUUAGGAAAAGCAAUGUUAAAGAACCGUUGAUUCCACAUGAAGUACCAAAUACGCCGUGGAUAAAAUUGGGCACGGAUUUAAUUAAUUUUAAGGGGAAAGAUUAUCUUUUGAUUAUAGAUUAUUUUUCGAAAUAUGUUGAUAUUGGGUAUUUACCAAAUAUAACGAGUGAAUCGGUGAUAAAUGUAUUAAAAGCUAGUUUUGCGAAACAUGGUAUACCAAAAAUAUUAUACACCGAUCCGGGUACACAAUUUAGUAGUGUGAAAUUUCAAGAUUUGACAAAAAAAUGGGCUUUUAAGCAUAAAAUGUCAUCAGCAAAACAUUCACAGAGUAAUGGUAUGGUUGAAAGGCAUAUUCAAACCGUUAAAAAAUUUAUGAAAAAAGCAGAACAUGACAAUCGAGAUCCGUUUAUAGUAUUGUUGGAAUACAGAAAUACCCCUAUCACGCCCGAGAUUGGUUCGCCAAAUCAGUUAAUGUUUGGUAGGAAUGUAAAUGGAUUUGUGCCGACAUGUAGUGCGAAUUACAGGAAGAAAAUUGAUAUUGAUUAUGAUAAAAUAAGAGAGAAGUUAUGUGAGCGACAAAAUUUACAAAAAUUUUAUUAUGAUCAACAUGUAAAGAGACUUCCAGAUUUUGACGUAGGUGACCAAGUUAGAAUUCAAAAUGCACAGAAUAAGCUCUUUGAGAAAAAAGGAGUUAUAGUUAGCAAGCCUAACAAGCCAAGAUCUUAUAACGUAUUCACGGAAUCUGGAAAAACUCUGAACAGAAAUCGACGACAUUUGUUACAAGAUUUUAGUCGGAACGAGGAAUAUAAAACACAACCGUAUUAUGAUUUAGAUGUAAAGAUUGAAGAACGUAUACUUAAUAAGCAGUCAGAUAUUGCUGACCGAGUCGAACCUAAUUUAUCGACAACGGUGAAAACACCGACUCUUGAGACAAGCGACGUUAUUAGAACUAGGAGCGGGAGAAUUUCAAAGAAACCUAAAUAUUUGGAAGAGUAUGAGUUAUAA